UCCGGAUUUGGGUAUAGCGGGGGACGUUCCCGUUGCUUUGCCCUUUGGCAAGAGUUCGCGAAAUGUUAUGCUGAUGCAGAGCGCCCGUCGCAGUGUAUUGCACAGUCCGAGGAUUACUUAGAAUGCCUCCACCACACGAAAGAGAUUGCACGUGCAAAGACCGUUAAAGCUCAUCUCGUCGAGAAACUUGCGCACGAAGGGAAAGAAGGACGCAAAGUGGCAGACAUAUUGUCCGAGGGUGUGAUUGUCGGCGUGGGACUCAUCGGCGCAGACAAGCACCCAAAAUCAUGAAUAAAAUGACACUUGACCUUUCUCCUCUGUAGCAGAAGUCCAACAGAAGUCAGCAUGCGGGCGUGCAGGGUGACUGAGGCAGCAGUACUUAAUCAAUAUGAAAUUAUUGGGCCAGCUUCAGCUGUUGGUGUAACAUAGGCCGCAUUGGAGCUAUCUCAAACGGGAGAGAUUUAAUUUUACGAGAAAUUUCUUGCUUCUGAGUCGGCAUUCCCCGUUUCAUUGGAACUAUCGUGAUGCAGCUAAUACGUCGUUCUCGAUGGAUUUUAGUUGUCCAAAUUUAUUGUCAUAUUAGAACAAAAUGACUGAUGUAUCGUCG